GGAGGGAUUCCUGGAGAAGCUGCAGAGCGGUGAUGCUCUAGACUCCGCUCGCCCCCCCUCCCCAAGUCUCUUCUCCUCCGCCCCCCCCCCUUAUUUUAGCUCGCCAGCCGGCGGCAGCUGAAACUUAACCCCCAACACAAAGGCUGCUAGCUCCCUGAGAGUAGGGGGAGGGAGGCUACGGAGCCCGGGAGGUGCGUGUGUGGGAGGGAACCCGCGGACACACACGCGCGCGCACACCCUUGUCUUGAAGUCUUUUCCCAUCCCAGGAAAAGCAGAGAAGCCACCGAGAUUCUGCUGAGAGGAGAGCGCUGAAGGACAGGCGCCUCCUGCUUCUGGUUGCCAGUGUGAACAAAUUUCAAAGGAACUCAUUACAUUCUUUAUCUGAUCCUGAGGGGUGAGAAAUAUUUGUCUGAAUGCACAUGAAACAUAGUGCUUUGACUGAGAACAAGAAAAGGAAAUAGAAUUCAUAUUGUGAACACUUCUCUUUGGACUAACAUGACAAAAGAAGGUCAGUUCCAGGCUGUAGCAGCACCAGAAGGCACCACUGCAGCAUCUGCAACCUCAAAUAAUGGCACAGAACCAGCAAUUCCAGGAGGAGGUGGUGGCAGUGGAGGUGGGGGGAAAGAGGAUGCAUUUUCCAAAUUAAAGGAGAAAUUUAUGAAUGAACUGAACAAAAUUCCACUGCCACCUUGGGCCUUAAUAGCCAUAGCCAUAGUUGCAGUCCUAUUAAUCCUUACCUGCUGUUUUUGUCUCUGUAAGAAAUGCUUGUUCAAAAAGAAAAACAAGAAGAAGGGAAAGGAAAAGGGUGGGAAGAAUGCAAUUAACAUGAAAGAUGUAAAAGAUUUAGGAAAGAACUUGAAAGAUCAGGCCCUUAAGGAUGAUGAUGCUGAAACUGGGUUGACUGAUGGGGAAGAGAAGGAAGAACCCAAAGAAAAUGAGAAAUUAGGAAAAAUCCAAUACUCUUUGGAUUAUGACUUCCAGAACAACCAGCUUUUGGUGGGGAUUAUUCAGGCUGCUGAACUGCCUGCAUUAGAUAUGGGUGGUACAUCUGAUCCCUAUGUGAAAGUAUACCUGCUUCCAGAUAAGAAGAAGAAAUAUGAAACAAAAGUUCACAGGAAAACCCUUAACCCUGUCUUCAAUGAGCAAUUUACAUUUAAGGUGCCGUAUUCUGAACUGGGAGGAAAAACCUUAGUGAUGUCAGUAUAUGACUUUGAUCGCUUCUCCAAACAUGAUAUCAUUGGGGAAUAUAAAGUGGCAAUGAAUACGGUAGAUUUUGGUCACGUGACUGAAGAGUGGCGGGACUUGCAAAGUGCUGAAAAAGAAGAGCAAGAGAAGUUAGGGGACAUCUGCUUCUCUCUCCGCUAUGUGCCUACUGCUGGCAAGCUGACUGUUGUCAUCUUGGAAGCAAAGAAUCUGAAGAAGAUGGAUGUGGGAGGCUUAUCAGAUCCUUAUGUGAAAAUUCAUCUGAUGCAGAAUGGCAAACGGCUGAAGAAGAAGAAGACAACAAUUAAGAAGAAUACUCUGAAUCCCUAUUACAAUGAGUCUUUCAGCUUUGAAGUACCAUUCGAGCAAAUCCAGAAAGUGCAAGUUGUUGUGACUGUUUUGGACUAUGACAAGAUUGGCAAGAAUGAUGCCAUUGGCAAAGUGUUUGUGGGCUACAACAGCACUGGUGCCGAGCUGCGACAUUGGUCAGACAUGUUGGCCAACCCAAGGCGACCCAUUGCACAGUGGCACACCUUACAGCAAGAGGAAGAGGUAGACGCUAUGCUUGCAGCAAAGAAGUAGAAGGAAAAGGAAAUGAGAGAAGAAGCCUUUCUACAUUCGCCCAUAUAGUGCUCUUUAGCCAGUAUCUGUAAAUACCUCAGUAAUAUGGGUCCUUUUCUUUCCAGCCAUGCAUCCCUAACACAGAUCAGUGGUACUCCAAAUCUUGUUUUAAUUUGCACAAUUUUAAAUGUAGAAAGCCCUAUAAGGCCCUCCAUAUCACCACUGCCCUCAGAUCUACUCUUCUUUUAAGCAAUAUGUGUAGAUAGAGCAUGACAGAAAUUAUUUAUUGUAUCACACAGUUGUACAUACCAGUAUGCUAAAAAGAUUAUUUCUAGUCUGUUUAUUUGUAUGUUGUAAGCGUUUCCUAAUCUGUGUAUAUCUAGAUGUUUUUAAUAAGAUGUUCUAUUUUAAAUUAUGUAAAUUGACUGAAAUAUAGGAGAGCUGAUAAUAUAUUAUAGGGUAAUUAUCGUACCGUCUGCAUUCCAGCAAAAAUUCCAACUUGUAAGGCACUAGUAGUGUUACACUGACAUCUUAAAGGACAAUUUAAAUCUGAGUGUUCAAGUGAACCAUUAAAAUAUCAAGAUAUGCUCACACGGUGCUCCUUGAAGGGGCAAAUCCCAUUGAUAGACUUUUCUUGUGGGCAACUUACCAUGAUCUGAGCAGCUCCAUGGCUGACCUCAAGGAAUCAUAGCCAAAAGCCAGUACACUUUUUUUUCCUGUAUAUAUAUAUAUUUAUAUACAAACAAACAGAAAGCAUGGCUUUACAUUUAAUAGUUGAGGGGUUGAAUUCCUUGCAGGAAAAGGGAGCAUGACUGAUCUCAAAUAGAUCAUAUAAAUUGGGGGGGAGGGGGCUGUCAAUCACGGUGGUGUUGGGUGAUGCAGCAGUCGCAAAUCCCUAUACCUAACCAUGGCAAUCACAUACCUAAAACCCAGUAGCUCUCCGUUAUCACCUUUAUACAAAAUUUGCAUACUGUGAAUCCCAUUUGUGAUUUCACAUUCUCUGAUUCUAAUGAGUUUGCACAUUAGACUUUGUAACAAAAUAUUUUAUUAUACUAAGCCAGAUAAGAAGGAAUGCAGAAUAUUUUUUAAACAAAAUCACAGCCGUGUGUGUUUAUUAUACAAAGUAGUUUCAUGGUGACAAGACAGUAUUGUAAACUCCCAUCAAAAGAUGACAAAAAUUUAGCCAUAUUUCUGAAUGCACUUCAAAGUAAGCCAAAAGAUAACAGCUAGUGACCUUUUAUAUACUAUUUAUACUUAAUAAGUUUUAAUUUGUCCUUUAAAACAAGUGAAACAAAACAAAGAACAAGUUCAAGCAAACUGAAGCAACCUCUUAUGUACACUAGAUGCUCGUUUCAGGAGGAGUUUUUAAAUGUUUUCAAUGUUACUAUGUAGUAAAUGGCACUAUUAUAAAGCUAUUAGUCAUUCCAUAAGCGUCUUCAAAGACUGCUCUGUGUAUCACUGUGACUGCCGUGUGUGCUUAGAAACUGUAGUUCUCUCAGUGGAUAGCAAUCAAUUUAUUCUGUAGUGAUAUUGUAAAAAAAAAACUGCCAUUCCCUUCUACUGCACUGCCGAAGGAGUGCAUAGCACAAACAGUUCUCAUAACUACGGACCAAUUCAGAACUGAAGAGCUAUGCAUAGGACAAGGGCAUCAUACAGACUGGAUUGACCGCACAGCAUUUUGUCAACACUGUGCAAUAUUCCACAAAUUCCCUUUCUCCUCCCCUUCCGCAUUUUAAAUGGUAGAUGACUUUGCUACAGUCUGUCAUAUCCAAUGACACCAUUUCAUUGGGUCAUGUUGUGGGCAUUACUUCUUUUAAUUCCAGUCUCUUCUUUACAGACUACUCCCACUAAUUCAUUUAUUUACCAGGCUGUGAAUACAUUAAAUAUUUUAAGGUACUUGUUUAUCUGUCUCUUCCUCCCUCCUUCAAUAUCACUCAGUCCUAAAAAGGGGGGAAAGUACAAAGGAAGUGUCUUUAGAAAGCACCCUUGGGUAAUAAUGUUGGGAUUUUCCCCAACAUAACUUUUUGAUGCAUUAAAAAAAACAAACUUGAUGUCACCAACAAUAACUGAUAAAAUUCCCUCUUCCUCAGGAUCGUAUGACUAGAUCUUAUCCUUAAGGAGGGGACACUUUUAACUCACAAGAAGCCACAAAUGGGGUUAGUGACAGCAUAAUCCCUUACUUAGCUUUCCAGAAAACAGUGGCAACAGCAUCUAUCACUUUGAGAGUCUUUUGAUUUUCUAUAGUACGAAACAGAAAAGGCACAGUCAAGUCAGAUAAGCUGAGACGUACUUUGGGAAAAUCCAACAGGAACACUUUUAUAAUCUUAAAUUCUAAAGGACCAAAUCCCACCAAAGAGAUGAGUUAACAAUGCAAUCCUAUAGCAGGUUUCUUCAGUCCAGACCCAUUGAAAUGAAAUGGAAUAAGUUGACAUAGAAUUGUGUUACAAAUAAGAAGAGAAAGCUUUUCCUCCAUUCUAACUUCCUUUACAUAGUUCAUCAUAGCAGGGAUUUUUUUAAAAUGUUAAAAUUUACAGGCUCAAACUGCCAGAUCUGAUUCAUUGUGUUAAGGUAUUCUUAAUGCAUUCUCUUUCUAUACUGCCAGACUGAAUGUCACCACAGACUGGUAAUGUACUAUAAUUCUCAGCAGAGAGCAGAUCUGCUAUUUGACCAAGAUGACAUUUUCAUCCUCAAAGAAGCCACAUGUACCUUUCUGACAAAGCUGUGUAAAAUAUUAGAAUCUGAUGCUGUAGAAAGAUCCUAGUUGCCUUUGUGUAUAUUUACUGCCUGCUUGAGUGUUUCUAUGUGUGGGUUUUCUCUGUAACUUGUAGAAACGUUUGGGGUGUUCUAUCCUGCCAUAUUGCUCGUGGCCCGCGAGCUGACAAGUUUAGCUGUAUUUUGAAUUCAGUUUUGAUGAGGUGGUUUAUAUUUUGUUUCACUUUUGUGUAGUGAAUUCCACAGUAGAGUUUUCCAGGUGUUGUUAAAAUAAAACAUACAUACUACACAGAUAUUCAAUAAAAAUGUUUUAUUUCCUGUU